GCGCGCAGGGAGCGCGCGCCCCGGCCCGACCGCACCGCGCGUGCGCGCCUCCCCCGGGCGCCGUAGAGCCAGGCCUGCGGGCGCCGUGCGCAUGCGUCGGCGCGUCGGCGCGUCGGCGCGCGGGGUCGAGGGUCAGCCGCGAAGAUGGCGGCGGCGGUGACCUUCCUCCGGCUGCUGAGCCGGGGCGGCGCGGCGCUGCGGAGCCGGCCCGGGGGCGCCAGGUGCUUCGGGGUGCAGACCUCGCCGACCGGGGAGAAGGUCACGCACACCGGCCAGGUUUAUGAAGAUAAAGACUACAGGAAAGUUCGAUUUGUCGGUCGUCAGAAAGAGGUGAAUGAGAACUUUGCCAUUGAUCUGAUAGCAGAGCAGCCUGUGAGCCCAGUCGAGAGUCGAGUGAUAUCGUGUGACGGCGGCGGGGGGGCCCUGGGCCACCCCAGAGUGUUUAUAAACCUGGACAAAGAAACCAAGACGGGGACGUGCGGCUACUGCGGCCUGCAGUUCCGCCAGCACCACCACUAGGGACGCACGCGGGCAGCGCGGUGGCGCAGGGACUGGCACCCACCGGUGCCGAAUAGAGGGUGUCGGUUGUUCCGAGAACGCUGUGCACGGCUCGUUUCUCUCACGCGCGCUGACUUAGGACUGCAGCUCCGGGCGGCGUCCCCUCCCCUCCCGGGCCUGCCACCUGCUCCUGCCCCGCGGGCCCACAGCGGCGCUGGGGAGACGGGGACGGACGGGGCUGACCUGGCCGCUCAGGGCUCGGCCGGCCCGGCUGCACCCUGGUCAUGCGUCCGCUGUCGCGCUUUCCGCCCAUCUGAUCCCCAGGCUCCACCCAGCGUCUCAGGUCCCGCGGAGCUAAGUCCCUGCUCAGAGAUUUUAACAGUCACGUGUGAGCCGAGCUAAGUGCAAGCUGUGUAUUUUAAAGAGUGAUGGUUAUGAUGUCGUGUAACACAAAAAUAAAAAUCAAGUGAUGAGG